AAACCACAUAAAUGUCGUGACAGCCCGGAGAAUUCCCCCCUUUCAUUAUUGUCUUAACGUUUUACAUCUUCGGCGGGAAUUCAUUGGGUUAACAAAAUCUUCAUUCAUCGAAAUCAUGUGGUGGUGGGGAAACAGCGUGAAGUUUGAUCCAGACCAGGACAUUGAGGAUCUUGCUGAGAAGGUUAUCUUGGUAACUGGUGGCAACAAUGGCCUGGGCAAAGAGACGGUGCUACGAUUGGCAAAGCACAAUCCCAAAUGCAUUUAUUUGGGCACGCGAUCCCUAGAGAGAGGAGAGGCAGCGCUCAUCGAUAUCAAAACUGAAGCGCCAGAUUCUAAUAUCAAACUACUUCAGAUUGACAUGGCCUCGUUCGCCUCCAUUGAGGCGGCCGUAGCCGUGGUCAAGGCCGACUUUGAGAGACUCGAUAUCCUCAUCAACAACGCCGGCAUCUCAAACCUCCCCCCUGAUGUCACCAAGGACGGCUACGAGCUACAAUUCGGGACAAAUCACAUAGGUCACGCCCUUCUAACGAAGCUUCUCCUGCCCAGGAUGCUUAAGACCGCAGAGUCAGCACCCACUGGCGCAGUACGCAUAGUCAAUAUCAGCUCUGACGGGCAUUACCAUGCCACUGCGAAGGGGAUAGACUUCGACGAUUUCAACACUGGGAAUAAUUGGACGCGGUACGCCCGGUCCAAGCUAGCAAACAUUCUUCACGCGAAGGCGCUCGCGAAGCGGUAUCCGAGCAUCAUCAGCGUCGCAAUUAGUCCUGGCACUGUGCAGACUAGUAUCUUUGAGAAGAUGAACAGUCCGGUCUUGAACGUCUUGAUCGCGUUGUUUGGUUGGACUUCUCUGGUAACUAUACCAGAGGGAUGCAAGAACCAACUGUGGGCGGCGACAGCACCUGGAGUUGAGCCAGGGAUUUAUUAUUGGCCUGUUGGUAUUAAAAGUAGUGGGAGUAAGUUUGCGGGGGAUGAGGCGCUUGAGGAGAAGUUGUGGGAGUGGACGGAAGCGGAGCUGGUGAAGCAUGGCUAUUGAGUGUUUCUAAGGGUUUCUUUCCUUUCUGUUUUUACUUUAGAAUCUUCGCUCAUAGUUAACCUUAUACCACUGGCAAAUAUCUCUAUAGCCCAUGGUGGUGUUGUUCGACGGCUUCGAGCCCUUGUUGUGACUGGAGGACGAAUAUAUGGUCUGUAUGUUCUCCCGUACGCAGCCUCACUGUAUCGCACAACUGAGAAAUCCUACAAAUAAACCUAGCAUCUUAAUCCAGGUAGUUCAGAAUAACUAG